AUGGCACCCCUCCAUCACCAUGGCACCCCUCCAUCACCAUGGCACCCCUCCAUCACCAUGGCACCCCUCCAUCACCAUGACACUCCUCCAUCACCAUGGCACUCCUCCACCUCCCUGGCACUCCUCCACCUCCCUGGCACUCUCCCAUCACCAUGGCACUACUGCACCAACUCCAUGGCACUCCUCCAUCUCAGUGCCACUCCACCUCCAUGGCACUCCUCCAUCUCAGUGCCACUCCACCAUCACAUGACACUCCUCCACCUCCGUGGCACUCCUCCAUCUCAGUGCCACUCCACCUCCAUGGCACUCCUCCAUCUCAGUGCCACUCCACCAUCACAUGGCACUCCUCCACCUCCAUGGCACUCCUCCAUCACCAUCGCACUCCUCCAUCUCAGUGCCACUCCUUCACCUCAGUGCCACUCCAGCAGCCCGGAAGUACUCAUCUCAACAGUCCUACACUCGGGACUCCCUCAGCCCUACGCAUGA